GAGAGCAUGCGAGUACUCUGAGUUUCUGAGUCCACCUGCGUAUCACAACAUCAUCACAACAGUAUCACUUCAGUUUCCACAGGACGACAGAGCAGAUUGCCAUCACAGCAUACAGAGACUAAAAAAGAGACUUAACAAGGGAACACAAGAAGGAGAAGAAAAGACUCUGAAUUAAAGAGACAAAUCUAUAGAGCCUCUCUUUAUAAAAGGGGGGCACGUCGAGGGGACCGACACCAAAGAGUCUUGCGUGUGCAUUAAGUUUCCAAGAUUUGCUUUCUUUACUUGAUGCCUCAAAUGUCGCCCACCCUCCAAAGUGUCGUGAUGAUCCUGGACUUCUGUCUGAUCCUGUGGCUGACAGGUCACGGAGUUGAAGCCGUGUUCUCGCAGCAGCCCCAAGACUUGGUGGUGGUUGCUGGACAGCCUGUCACCCUGCCAUGCUCCAUCCCCGGUUACCAUGGUGUUGUGCUGUGGAUCAAAGAUGGACUUGCUUUGGGCGUUGGAAGAGACCUUUCAGGUUACCCUCGAUACGCUGUGGUUGGGGAUCAUACUUCGGGCGAACACCACUUGCGAAUCCAGAGGGUGGAGCUGAUGGAUGAUGCUGUGUUCGAGUGUCAGGCCAUUCAGGCUGCCAUGAGGUCCCGUCCUGCCCGACUUACUGUGCUGGUUCCACCUGAUGACCCGGUUAUCAUCGGUGGGCCCGUGGUGAGCCUGAGAGCGGGUGAACCCCUAAAUCUGACCUGUCACGCAGACAACGCCAAACCUGCGGCUUCCAUCAUCUGGAUUCGAAAUGGGGAGGUGUUAAACGGAGCUACGUACUCAAAGACUCUUCUUCGAGAUGGAAGGAGAGAGAGUACGGUCAGCAUCCUCUACAUUUCAGCCUCCAACAUCGAGUCUGGUCAGAAGAUCAUCUGCCGGGCCUCCAACAAAGCAGUGCCCAACGGCAAAGAGACAAGUGUGACUAUCGACAUCCAACAUUUGCCAUUGGUUAACCUCUCUGUGGAGCCUCAGCCUGUUCUGGAGGGAAACCUGGUGAAGUUUCACUGCUCAGCUAAAGCCAAUCCACCGGUCACCCAAUACAGGUGGGCAAAAGGAGGAAGUGUUAUAAAGGAAGUGUCUGGAGACACCUAUGAGGUCAUCGUGGACCAUUCGUUCUUCACAGAGCCUGUGUCCUGUGAGGUCACCAACCCACUAGGGAGCACCAACAUCAGCCGCAAUGUGGACGUCUAUUUUGGUCCCCGGAUGGCUGCGGAGCCACAGUCUUUACAGGUUGACCUGGGAUCGGAUGCGGUGUUCAACUGUGCCUGGACAGGAAACCCAUCUUUAACUAUUGUAUGGAUGAAGAGGGGAUCCGGAGUGGUGCUAAGCAAUGAGAACAUCCUGACGCUGAGGGCCGUCCGGCAAGAGGAUGCCGGGAAGUACGUCUGCCGUGCGGUAGUUCCUCGUGUUGGCGCUGCGGAAAAGGAAGUCUCUCUGAUGGUAAACGGACCUCCAACCAUCUCAAGUACGCAGACUCAUCAGGCUCCUCACGGGGAAAAGGGACAAAUCAAAUGUUUCAUCCGCAGCACGCCACCCCCGGACCGCAUUGCAUGGUCAUGGAAGGAGACAGUCUUAGAGUCUGGGACAUCAGGUCGCUACACGGUGGAGACGGUUAGCACAGAAGACGGAGUGAUGUCCACCCUUACCAUGAGCAACAUCGUACCCGCUGACUUUCAGACCAUCUACAACUGCACAGCCUGGAACAGCUUCGGAUCCGAUACAGAGAUCAUUCGACUCAAGGAACAAGACUCCCUCCCGGUUGCUGUGAUCAUCGGCGUGGCAGUCGGAGCUUUCGUCGCUUUCAUCGUCCUCAUGGGAACCAUCGGAGCGUUUUGCUGCACGCGCUCACAGAGAAACCUCAAAGGCGUUGUAUCAGCCAAGAAUGACAUUCGUGUGGAAAUCGUGCACAAGGAUCACAAUGCGGCCCGAGAAAAUGAGGAACAGUCCAGCAUGAAACAGCUCAUGAUUGAGCGGGGAGAGUUUCAACAGGAGUCAGUUCUGAAACAACUGGAGGUCCUUCAGGAAGAGGAGAAGGAGUAUCAGCACAUCAAGGAUCCCACUAAUGGAUACUACAGUGUCAACACCUUCAAAGAGCAUCAUGGUACCCCAACCAUCAAUCUGGCAGGAAACCAGACCACAGAGAUCCGCCGAGAUCCAGGCACAGCCACCACCGGCAAGCAGCGGGUUCCCACAGGAAUGUCCUUUACCAACAUCUACUCUACCUUGGGUGCUGGGCCCAACCGCCUUUACGACUACAGCCAGCGGUUCGUGUUGGGCAUGGGCAGCAGUUCCAUCGAGCUGUGCGAGCGAGAGUUCCAGCGGGGAUCGAUGAGCGACUCCAGCUCAUUCCUGGACACGCAGUGCGACAGCAGCGUGAGCAGUUACAGCAAGCAGGAUGGCUACGUGCAGUUUGACAAGGACAGCAAGGCCUCUGCUUCGUCUUCAUCCCAUUACUCUCAAUCUUCAUCCCAGAACUCAGACCUCACGCGGCCGCUGCAGAAACGCAUGCAGACCCAUGUCUGACCUGGGCUGCCUGGAGAUGGACAGAAGAAUAUCAGAGGAAUCCAGUGCUGGGUUUGGCCAAAAGGGAUUGAAACCCUCCGAGACACAAAUCAGGAACUAGUUCAAGCACAUCUAGCACACCAUAUUAUUUCCCCCUACUUUUUUGCUUAAUAUAUAAUUCAUAUUUGUCUAAAUGUUAUUUAACAGCUCUCAGAAGCCUUACCGUAUUUUUGAGCCUACUGACUUUCCCAAUGCUCUAAAUGUCUAGGCCAAAAACUUCCGUGUGCCACAGUGAUGUUACUUGCCAACAUAGAAAGAAAAAAGGAUGUGAACUCAAUCAGUGUCCUUGCUCGUAGUUCCAAUGACUUGAAUCGGCUCCGGAUGAAUAAAAACGCAUAGCAACUGGGAUUGCGAAAAAUGCCAUAGUCGGAGUCUUUGAAGAGAGCUGAUGAAGGCUACAUGCACUCAUCUGCACUAGAGGACAAUGCUCUUGUGCUCCUGUACAUUUAAGCACAACUGUCAAAGUUGUAUGUACGAUUUCUCAAUGUCACUUCUUUAUCCACAGCUAGAUAAACAAAAGGAAACCAGAACAAAAGGACAACAAAAUAAAACUGACAAUGAAGUAACUAACAACAGAACUGGUGGAUUCUGGCACUUCUGACAAAGGUUAUUUUGACAAAAAUGUGAGAAUCGUACUUGAAUGAUCCUAAGCUGUUUGUUUAUGAUUCAAAGAUAAGAUAUAUUGUGUUCUGUGAUAAUCUUUCCUUCUUUAUUUCUUCCUGAACAUUCUUAAUGUUCAACAUCUUAACCUUAUAGUUUGAAUUCAUUACCUGCUGGAUUCGAAUUGGGGUUAUGGGAUCUUUUAUCUCCUUAAUUUUUGCCUUGAGUGCACUGAGACUUUUCCCACUUUUUUAAAGCUGAAGUGUGUAAUUCAUGGAUCUCCAACCAUGCUCCAACACACCUGCCUGUAAUUUUCAAGUAACCCUGAAGUACUUGAUUAGUUGGUUCAGUUGUGUUUGAUUGGGGUUGGAGAUCCCUGGUGUAUUUUGCUUUGCACCACUAGAGUCAUUCAGUGGAUUUGCAGAAAAUAAACAGGUUUCGUGAAUUCCAUUGGCCAUACGGAUAGACCCACCUUAGGCCCAGGCCAUUGAUUGAGCCAGUGGUGCUGUGUCAGGAUGGUUCGGAUGUAAUGUGUACAGUAAUCUGUUGAUGGGACCACAGAGACACAGUCAAGUUGCAAAUGGCUUAUGUUGGCCUUUGGAUAUUAAGAAAAUGUUUUACAAUUACGCACUUAAGCUUUAAAUGCUAUUAUUUCUGACAGAAUUUGGUUUGGUGUGCAUAAUGCACUGGGGAACAACUAAUGGGAGCGCCAUGAUGUUCGGAUUUAAACAAAGAAACACUAUGUCCCGUCUAUGUGAAGUCAAAUUAUAGUGCUUCAAAAUCAGCCUUUCAAUACAUAAAAUGCCAUUUAAACUUGUGCUAGAUAUAUUUUCGAAUUGCUUCUGUCUUGCAAGACACAAAUUUAGAUCUGACUAGAUGAUCUGUGUACUGUUCAUGUGGUUGACAUUGGACUGCACUGCAUUGUGUUCUCUCACUGUUAUAAGUGAGCAGUUUGUGUACAUUUUUGAAUGGGGAAGGGGCAUUUAUGUUUAAUGUAAAUGGGUGUUGUUUUUUCUGUUUCUUUUGUUCAUUUUCUCAAUAUUUUAGUCUAAAGAACUGAAUUGCAAUCUACGACACUACUGAUGACUCGUGCACUUCUACCAUGUUAAGUAAAAUCGCUCUUACUUCCAAAUCAGUGUAAUGAAAUCAAGCUAGCAUUGCAUUAUAUGGGAUGUGCAGACACAAACACUCUAAUGAUAUUCGGUGAAGCUGUAACUUUGUUUUAAACACUGUGCUGUACUAGAAACAAUGAGAUCAAUUAUAAUGUGCGAUAAAGCUAACGAAACUGAUAAACCUCAGAUAGAAGCUCAAACAGGAAACCCUGUCUAUCUUUGAAUUACUACACAACUACACAUCUAGAUUGACAGACUUCCUACAGACAGUUUUUAACAUGUUGCAACAAUUGGAUGCAUCUUUCUACGUUCUCAAAUAUAGUGCCGCAGGGAUGACGUAUUUUUCUAGGCAAAACCCGAAGGGUGUUUUUAGUUCCAACAUCCGGAAGUCAAUUUGUUUUGUUUUAAAUAUCUUGAAAAUAUCUUGGGCUUGUGUAAACCCAAGAUAUUUUCAGGUUUUAUUCCACAACAUAAAACACACAAGUAAUACGCUCAUGAAUUUUAAAGCUUUUAUGUUUUUUAAAAAGCGUGGUUGCUACAUGGGACUACAGACAUUAUCAGGCACUUUAAACAUUAUUACCCAUGAAGAUUUUAAAACCGCAAAAUGGGCACAAUUCCCAACAACGAUUCAUCAUUACAGAGUUUCCUUAACUGAGGAUGUGUUUUAAAUGUUUUUAAUAAAGUUUUAAAGAGCUUGGUGGUGAUGAUAUUAAGGUCGAGGGGCCAUGGUAUAGUUUACUUGAAGCAUAAGGUUAUAUUAGCUUUAAAUUUCUAGUAAACGCAUUUAGACAGUGAAAUUCAUAAAAGUUGUGUCUUUCCAAAAGUCUAUGGGAAAAAUUAAUGGAAUUUUUGUCGAGGAAACCAGUGACCCGCUAACUUCCAGGUUGGCCUGCAAAAAUACGUCAUCCCUGCAGCACACUAUUGUCAGUACUUAUUUGCAUAUCUAAGGGGCUGUUUACAUGACACUUAUCAACAAAAACUGAAAACUUUUUUUAUACGGUUGGGGCCUAAAAACGCAAACUUUUUAAAACAGAUUUUAAAGUGCAAGUUUUUGAAAACGAUACCAUUAUCAUCUUUGUGUAAACUACAGAAACACAAAUUUGUUAAAACAGUGAUGUCACACGCAUUACAUGUUCUGACAUCUUGUGAUAUCGCCAACUACUGGACAGGCAUGCAUAAUACAGCAUUUUUAGUUGUUUUUCACAUACUGAAGCAGUGUAAACAGAGAUUUUCUUUUUGACAACGUUGAGAAGUAGAUCGAUGCAUAAACGUACCCUAAAGCCGCCUUUCCACUGCACACAACGGCUGUGUCCGAAAACUUAGGCAGCUGACUUGUUGCCUCGCUGCCUCAUGAGGCAAUGACUUCGGAGGCAUGAAGGCAGCUAAGAGAAACGCUUUUGGACACACUUCAUAGGCAGCGUGUUUGAAAUAUAAACAGAGAGCGCCUUUGUGAUAACUAAUCACAUAUUUGAAAACUACAAUACUAAUUUCUUGCUAAAAAGCAAUUAAAAGGUGUAAAAAGUGAAAAUAUACAUUUAUUUACACUAAAUUUGUGCUCCAGCCGCUUUCUUGGCCGCCAUUUUAUUUUUUUUAAACUCGCCCAGGCUUGACCAACCACAUUCCCCAUGCGCACAGAUUCAUAGAAUUGUGGGACAGGAUGAAGGAGGUAUCUCAGGAGACAGGAAGUAAACCUAGCAUUGGAUUCGGACAUACCUUGAUGCCUUCCUGCCUUGGAAUGCUGCCUCAGAAGGCAGCAAUUUAGUUUCCGAACGCAGCCAACAUUCGGAAACGAUUGUCGGAGUUCGCCCCCUAGUGGCAGUCGUAAUGAUGUUUCAGUUUAAUCGUAACAUGGGAGAGAAGCUCAUUCCAGAGGCAUAAAACAAUAAACAGCUAUGCGACAUAGACUGAUAAUAUGUUUUGGAGAGAAUAUAUGGAGACAAGAUUAAAAUAAAAACGUAUACAUAUUAAUAAUGUAUUACUUUUCAGUAAUCAACAGUUUUUUUAAGGAUUCAAGUGUUACUGAUAAAGUUAAACAAAAAGGAUUAAAUUAUUUUCACCUCGCACAGUGUUUUGAUUGUAAUACAUCACGUCUGGUCAGCGCACAAGUAAAAAAAUUUUAAUGGAUCUAACUGUCAAAAUUUAUCCGAAAAUUAAGUAUUUUCACCUCACGCAGCCCCUUUGCGACUCUACAUAGGGAAUGAAUGACUUCCGAUUUAUCGGCCGUCAUAUGUCGUGUGCAGUGGAAAGGUGGCUUAAGACUUCGGCCACAAUUCCAGUAAUUUUGGUCCAUUUACCAAAUUUGCGCCAUUUGCAAUGGGCACAUAUAAUAUCUCAAAUCAUUCAACGUUUUUUGUUCUGCAAAAAAAAUAUUCAGCCAGACAAAAACUGCCUGAAGUCAUUCAGAAGGGAGAACAGCCAUUAUCCAUGGUAUUACAUUAAGUGGUAUAAUUGUAUGAAUUUCCCACUGACCUGUUAUGACAAGGUUCAGACUCAUCCCAGUAUGAGCGCCAACUGUACUUACAUCACAUGAUACUAACACUUCAUUUGCUGCCAAGGUCUGUCUGGGUAUUAAGCUCUGAAUCUACAUUUAGGUUACUAACCCACAUAUAUUCUCUCUCUAUGCUCCCAUAUGACCACACAUACAGAUUAAAUGUGAAAGCUAUAAGUGUGUUUUACUUAUCAAUGGUUAAGACACCCCACACUUUUAUCUCCUCUUCAAGUAAUCUCCCAUUCUUCUAUGAUAAUAAAGAAGAUUUCCCUCAUAUAAAUAAUGAUGUACUGUGACGUCUCUCACUUUAAUUGCAAAGAUCUUUAAGUUUAAACCUAGAAGACGCAGUUUGAUUUGUACCAACUUGACAAUUCAUCCUAUCUGUCCUAGUACAAGAAUCACUGGGGGAGUGACGCUACCGAGUCAGUCGCUCCUGGAAGCACUUUACGUGUGAUUAUAUUUGUAGAAUUUCAAUGGGUUUCAUACAUGAGUGCUACUGGAUGAGUCUAAUUUUACAAAUGGAUUGGUGCCCAUUGUGGGGCUUAAGCUCGACAAGGCCUGUUUCAGCGCUGAUAAUGCAGCUCACAGUCGUUGCUACACUGUAUAUAAAUCUCGUAUGCUCUCCAUGUGUAAAAAUACAGUUAUUUUGCUUUGUUCUUUAGUCAAUUUAAGACGUAAUGGGCAGGAAGCAUAUCGCACCAUUGAAACUACAAUCGAUUGCUCUUAAAUUUUUUCGUUGCUGUUGGGUGCAUGGCCAGUAAAGCUUAUUUUGGCUGUGGAAAUUGAGUGUACACAUACAACUUACUGUGGUACUCUAUUCACUAGUACCGAAAAUACCAUCACAAAGAUUUUGGCAAUAUCAGUAACUUUCCAGAACUGGAAAUCACAAAAUUUUUAAUAUGCCAGGUUGUCAACACCCUUAGGAACUCUUCUAGGUUUGGAAGGUACUGAAAUCACUCCUGUCUGCCUUCAUACUGUUAAAAACCCAAAUCUUGAAUCGUUUCAAACACAAUUUCUUAAUAAUGUCAUAUGUUAAUGUCAAAUUAGUGGGAUAUGACCAGUAAAUAACAGUAACCUCUAAACAAUGAAUUAUUUGAGGUGAGGGCGGCCCGGCUCCCCUUCUGCCGCUGCAGGAAGUUUCACUUUGCAAUCCUAACCGAGCCAUAUGGAUAUUUAUUAUUUUGGCAUUAACAUAUGUGAUUUCAAACAACACCAUAUGGACUAGUUUAUUUAAGCUGAUACAAUCUUAAAACAUUUCAUGAGAACAUUGUACCUCCUUAAUACAAGUUGAGUCUUCUGUAGUUAACCAUGUGCUAGAAUCAACAUGGCGACAGUACGCAAAUAUUGGAUUAGAGGCUGUUGUUCUGUGUUUGGCUAGCACUCACAACUCUUUUGUAGGAUGUGUAUGCUCUUAUCAUCCAGCCCUGGUGAAUUUCAAUAGCUUUUGGACCACAAGUUCUCACCCGCCCCAGGCGCUGGAUGGUUUUACACUUACAACCAAACCAAACAGAUGAACAAAUACCACUCCAGAUGAUAGGCCAGGGUCAUUGCCAGCCACAUACAGCAGACCACAUUUAUGAGUAUUCAGUUCUCCCCUGACAUUUCAGCACAGCCUGGUGGGCUACUAGCUGAAGAGAUGCUGUGAAUUCCCUCUUUGAUGAUUCGGGUUUAUAUAGGCGUCUUUAUUCCCAGACUGAGAAACUGUCACAGUCUAGAUAGGUAUAUUACUGCGUAAAUAUUUCUGUACCCGGCGGACACACUGCAUCUGUGAUUUGUACAAAUUUAGCUCAAUUUCAGUCUAGAAAACAUACUGGGGAGCGUUUUAUCAUAUAUGUACAUUACAGAGUGUUUCUUUCCAAAAUGUUGAAUCUUUUGUACAUGUCCCAAGCAAUUUUUUACAUCAAAUUUGUAUUUAUUUAUAAUGGGUUGCCAUAAGACUAUAUUUUGUUCCUUUUGUCAUGCUACUGUUGUAACAGAGAGGGUGUGUACACAAAGGUAGAGUUACUCAAAUUAGACUGUAAUGUACCACGGUUAUACAGUAAAAAAGGUUAACCACUAUUUUCUUGCAGUGACUCUCUCUAUCGGCAAAAGCAUUAAAAAGAUGUACUUUACCUGUAAUGGUCUGUGAUCUUAUGAUGCUUUGGCUCUGUAUAUUUCUGAAAGAAAAUU